AUGAAGUCCUUCUCUCCUAUUGCCCUGGCCCUUCUGGCCGCUGCCGGCUUCGCUGUUGCCGACCCUUCUGCGUCCGAUUGCGCUCAAAUGUGUGUCUCCAACAUGAACAACAAGGCUUCUGAGCUGGGCUGCAAGCCUGGUGACCUGUCCUGCCUUUGCAAGACCGACGACUACAAGUUCGGUAUCCGCGACUGCACCAAGCAGGCCUGCCCCAGCGACGACGCCGAGAAGGUCCUCUCCAUGGCCGUUGCCAAGUGCCCUGGCGGUGUUGCUGGCUCUGAUGCUAGCUCUACCUCUGGCUCCGGUUCCGACUCCAGCUCUACUGCCUCUGGCGCCGGGGCUGGCUCUGACUCCACUGGCUCCGUGACUGGUACCUCGACCGGCUCUAUAACCGGUGCUACUGGUGCCGCUGGCUCUACGACUGGUUCCAUCACUGGCUCCGUGACUGGCACCGCUACCGCCACUGGCUCUGGUACUGGCAUGUCUGGCUCCAUGACGACUAUGACCAGCACCGGCACUGUGUCCGGCUCCCUUACCACAAUGACUAGCACCGGCACUGCUGCCUCUUCCACUGAGACUGGCUCCGGCAGCUCCAACUCCAACUCCGGCUCCAAUGGCUCCGGCUCUUCUGACUCCAGCAGCCAGUCCGACUCUGCCUCCGGCUCUGCUGCUCCUUCCACCAGCACUGGCGCUGCUGUCCCCAUGGCCACUGUCGGCAGUGGUGCUAUGGGUGCUCUCGGCCUGGUCGCUCUCCUCGCUCUGUAA